AAGUUAAUUUUAAACAUGUGCUUUCAAUUUGCUGCCGCUGAGCGGGGAAGCAGGAAAAUCUCAGCAGAGCAAGGUCUCUGGCCCCUCCCGCCUCUCCCGCCCACGCUGCUCCGCCUCCAGCGCUGGCCCCGCCCCCCGAGGCCCUGCGCGGCACCCGUAGCGCCCGUAGGAAGAGUCGUCACGCGGAAGCCACCCGGAAGAAGACAGACAAGCCGUGCUGCCGUCUUAACCGCCAUGCCUAAGAAUAAAGGUAAAGGAGGUAAAAAUAGACGCAGAGGAAAGAACGAGAAUGACUCUGAAAAAAGAGAACUGGUGUUCAAAGAGGACGGGCAAGAAUAUGCUCAAGUAAUCAAGAUGCUGGGAAAUGGACGAUUAGAGGCGAUGUGUUUCGAUGGUGUGAAGAGGCUGUGCCACAUCAGAGGGAAGUUGAGAAAAAAGGUUUGGAUUAAUACCUCGGACAUCAUAUUGGUUGGUCUCCGUGACUAUCAAGAUAACAAAGCUGAUGUGAUUCUAAAGUACAACGCGGAUGAAGCAAGAAGUCUGAAGGCGUAUGGCGAGCUUCCUGAGCAUGCCAAGAUCAAUGAAACUGAUACGUUUGGUCCUGGAGAUGAUGAUGAAAUUCAGUUUGAUGACAUUGGAGAUGACGACGAAGACAUUGACGAUAUCUAGAUUGAACCCACCACUUUACUACUAUUUUUCGGAAGUUUGUCCUACAGUUUGGAUUUUGGCCAUAACCCUCCAAGAAGUUUUCAUUAACAUGACUGUGAUUUAUUAAGGCAGUUUGAUUUGGUUCUAAGAUAUUUUUCUGUUAAAAUUGUUAAUGCUGAAUAAUCUUAAGCGAAAUGUUACGCCCAUUUUGUUCUUUUGAUGUAAUGGAGUUUAUGGAUAGAAGACCACGUGUAUUUCAAAAAAUAGUGCUUGACUGCCUUUCCUGCCAUUUGCCGUGAGUAAAUGGAUGUUUUGAAUAAACCAUUUGCUAUGGAUUGUGAUUAACUCCUAACUUUUGAGUCGCUUUUUUUUUGUUUUUGGUUUUUUGGGGUUUUUUUGAGACAAGAUCUCGCUGUGCGUUUCGGACUGGCCUUGCAAAGAUCCUCCUUGUCUCCGUCUCCCGUGUGCUGUUGACUAUAGCCUAUUGACUAUACAAAAUCUUUCAGUGUUAUUCUGGUUACCUAGAGGUUGCCUCGAGAUUUUGAUACGACUUAAAGGAAGCCUAAAUCUGCAUUUGAAUUUUUAAAAAAGAAAUUUGCUUUCCAUAUAUUAAUAGCAUGUGACUAUUUUUAUAGUAAUUUUGAUAUCAUUACAUUGCUUUCAUGUUUUUAUUUUACUAUUAUAAACGUAUGGCUCGGGGAAGCAUUUCCCCAAUGUAGUUUUUAGAACCUGGAUUUUAAUACCAGUUUUGAAUUUUAAGGUUAGUUGUAGAAUUUAAACACUAGGUGGCACUCACUUAUUUUAACAGUGUAAAUGAUAUAAUUGAGGUGGUGUUUUUUUUUUUAACUGCGCGUAGCAAAUUUCCCAAGAAAAGGUUGUUUUGAUCAUAUGUAUGUAGGCUAUUUUUACAGGACAAAAAGAUUUGCUUAAAAAUGUUAUUUUCAGAAGUCAUGCAUGUAGUUGCAAUUGUGAAUGCUUUAUAAACAUUUAACUAAGGACUGGAGAUAUAGCUCAGUGAAAAAGUCCCUAGGUUAAAUCUACAGUAUAGUACUGACAGAAAAAAAAAAAAAAAAAAAGAUGGUCUCUAAUUUUUAAAUGGAAGAGAGCUACUAUGGGAAAUACAAUAAAAUAAUGAUGCUGCAUUUCAUGUGGGAAUAAAAUUGUGUAGUUCAGGAUGACAGUGUUAAUCUCCCUGCUUACCUCUGUACUUUCUAAACUUAAAAUAUUCUCUUCAAGAAGUCCAUUCUCUUUCCCUCUCCACCCCAAAAUUUGCUACUGCUUACUUAGAAUAUGAGAGUUAACCUUUGUAUUGAUAAAAGGGUUAUUACAGCCUGGUUAAAAUCAAAGGGGGAGGGGAAAGGAAAAUAAUUGCAAUAUGUGAACGUGUAUUGAUUUCUGGAUUGAAAGACUAAAAUGAUAUGGAUUAACUUGUAGACUUAAGACUUAAUAGAAGGUGCAAAAAAUAAAUCCUCUUUUGCAACCCAGAGCUCAUUGUUUGGUAUGAGUUUUGAUACAUAUAAGAAGGCUUGGGGGAAAAGCUCAGCGGCACAGAGCCUGCCUGGCAAGCAUGAGGUUGUGAGUUUGAUUCCCAGUGCCAACAACAGCAGAAAAAGAAUAUUACUGCCAUGUGCAGUGGUACAAGCCCGUGAUUCUGGGGUUCCUGAGCCUGAGGUGAGAGGAUUGAAGCUUGGACUUUAGAGUGAGAAUCUACCUUAAAGCAAGGCAAAAAAAAACCAAAAAAUUGUGAUACCUAGUACAGAUUAAAGUAUUAGAAAAGUUUUGUUCUGAGACUAAAGUUAAUUAUAAAGCACAAGAUAUGAGCAAAAUCUUACCUGUAUAGAUUUUGGUAUUCUAAUUUUUAUGCUGUGGCAUGUGAAGAUAGCUUUUUUUUAGCGGCUUCUGUUUGAACUUGGGGCUGGAGUUAAAGAUAUGGCUUACUGUGUUGGAUCUUGUUAGUUUAAAUGUAGGUAACAUCAGAUUAAGGUUUCCACGUGUUUUAAUAAAAGAUUGUUAGCUUUUAAAAAAUGAUAUGGAAACAGUUAAGGAUAUUUUACUGUAAUCUAUGUUACACAAAAAUGUUAGAUAAAAUUGUUAAUUUUAGGUAUAAAACUGAUAAUGUGACUUGAGAAAAAGAAUUUAUCCUUGCAGAUAUCAGUUACAACACUUAAAAAAGAACUGGAAGUAAAGCAUUGCUGUGGCUCAGAUGUGUCCUGCAAAAGUUCAUGUGCUAAUUUUAGCCAAAAAACUGAUAAUGUGAUUAUGUAGAAAAAUUAAUUUAUUAUUGGGGGAUACGAAGUUACAACACUAAGAAGGAAGUAGAGAUAAAAUAUUGCUAAGGUUCAAAUGUGUCCUGCAGAAGUUCAUGUUCUGGACAUUUGAGGCAAAAUACAAAGAAUAAUAGAGGAUGGAUGAAAGGAGACAAGGAGAUGGGUUUAUGCCAUGUACAGUAACCUAAUAACCAGUUAAUGUAAACAUGUGCCAUAACCUGAGCUAAUGUUAAUAUGAACAAGAAUGAAAAAUGGAAUAGGGGAAUUGGAGGGGGAGGGAAGGAGAAGGGACUGUAAAAUAAAACAGGCUGUGGUGUGUACAUGUAACCACUCCCCAAGAUGACUGCAUGAAUUGCAAACAUGCAUUAAUAAAAUAAUUUUUAAAGUCUG